AUGAAUGCUCCGCAGGAAGUUUUAUUCUAGCAGCGCCCAGUCAGUCGGUUUGUGUGAGUCUCACUCAUUCAAGACUACAGACGACUCUGAGCUGCUCGUCUUCCCCCGGGAUUCUCAUUCAAGAUGCUUCCACUCAGAGCCAGUCCAAACCAAUUUUCUGUCAGUGCCCGUGAAGUUGGCCUGCAUGCCUGGCGUGUUGAGAAGCUGAAGGCAGUCCCCCUGCCAGCAGAUCAGUUGGGCAGUUUCUACAAUGGAGAUGCUUACCUUGUAUUGAGCAAUAAAGGAGAAGGAGAGAGCAACCUGCACUUGUGGCUUGGAGAGAAGUCCUCCCGAGAUGAGCAGGUGGCAUGUGCCAUGCUGGCUAUUCAGCUUGAUGAUUUUCUGGGCGGAUAUCCAGUACAACAUCGAGAAUUGCAAGGCUUUGAAUCACCAGAAUUCAUGAAGCUCUUCCCACGUGGAGUAACAUACAAGGAAGGAGGGGUUGAAUCGGGAUUCCGGAAAAGCCAGUCAGGGUCGACUCCAUCUUACCGGCUUUUUCAGAUCAAGGGGAAGAAAAACAUUCGUGCAAAAGAAGUGGAGUGUAUCUGGAGUAGCUUCAAUAAAGGAGACUGCUUCAUCCUUGACCUGAAUGAGUCAAUUAUUUCCUGGACCGGUUCUCAGGCCAACAUGUUUGAGAAACAGAAAAUGAAUGAGAUUGCAGCACUGAUACGAGACACAGAGAAACUCGGCAAGGCAAAGAUCAUAUCUGUCAUGGAAGGAGAGGAGCCUCCAGAAAUGAUAAAGAUCCUUGGAUCAAAGCCUGAACUGAAGGAAGGUUCACCAGAGGAAGAUAUUCAAGCUGACGCCUCCAAUGUCGGUGCUCUCUACAAGGUUUCUGAUGCCACAGGCACUAUGAAGCUGACUCAAGUUUCAAAUAAAAGCCCAUUUGAUAAAGCUCUUCUUGCCAAUGAUGACUGCUUUGUUCUGGACAAUGGUGCUAAUGGAAAGAUUUAUGUGUGGAAAGGGACUGGUGCCAAUGCAGAGGAGAAAAAAGCCGCUUUAAAAGUGGCAGAUGACUUCAUACAGCAGAUGAACUACUCUAAACAGAAAACUCAGGUGGAGAUCAUCCCCCAAGGCAAAGAAACAGUCAUGUUCAAACAGUUCUUUAAAGUCUGGAACUAAGCAUUGACAGGGCACCCCCAGACGGAAAAAAAAGGAGACAAAAGGCUGACAGUCUGCUCAUUGCAAAGUAAAGGAUCUGGCAAUGCUGUUACUCUGAGAAAACUGGACAAAUGGUCACUUUAUCCAGAAAUGGGGUUCUGAAAGUAUUUGCUUAAUGUCAACAAAAAGUUGUUAUGCAUAAAUAUCUACAC